CGCACCACAAUGGAGGCUUCUGUCUGAGAAUCUCUUCAACGGCUCUCUGCCUGAUUCCAUCAUGAAUCUAGUCAGCCUCGAGUACCUAGGAAUGAGCGCCAACCACCUGCAAGGGCCGAUCCCCUCGACCAUCGGCAACCUGCUCAAGCUGACAGCCCUUAACAUGUCAGCCAACCUACUGGCAGGGACGCUACCUGCCACUCUAGGCUCUCUCAGCAAGCUCACUUUGCUGGAUUAUGACAAGAAAUCCUUACCCUGCCCGAAUGAUGGAAACUGCGUGGUGCCCCAGUCUAGCGCCACCGUUUUUUGCAAGAGCUGCCCGGCCUUCUGUGCACCGUGCUACGGGAAAGGAGCUUCUGGCGUUCAGUCGAGCAUCUUCAAGAUGCUGGCAGCUCUAGUUGUGGUUAUUUUGGUCGUCUGGGUAUGAGUGCAGUGCAGUACCUUCGAUGGACCACCCUUGCAUUACAUGCAAUGUUGUCACGAGACCCACUGGGGUUGCCCUAGAGAUCCUCGGCAUAAGGGCUACAGGCCUAUAUGCCUCGGGGGUUAUGGGCACGUUAUCCCGCUACUUAACAAGCCCUUUUAGCACAGUGGUUAGCGACUGUGCUUCUGACAUAGUAUCAGAGCCAGAGGUCUCAUGUUCGAAUCCGUGAAGUGCACUGCAGAAGUGCCGAGUCCUCCGCCUACCCCAGCGAGGGGGGGGUGUCAAGAGACCCGCUAGGGUCGCCCUAGAAGAUCCUCGGAAGGGCUACAGGCCUCUAUGCCUAGGGGGUUAUGGGCGCGCAAGCCCUUUUAGCACAGUGGUUAGCGACUGUGCUUCUGACAAAUGUUUCGGUAAAAUCCAGCAGUAAUUUUGUUACAAGUACUCCAUGAUUAGCCAUAGCCGAAUUGUCUGAUUCAUCCCUCCGUUGUGCUCCAAAUUUUUAUUAUUUUUUU